GGUAACCGGAAGAGUGAGGUACGGAUCCUCGGUCCACUUCUAAGUUCUAACCACAGAGGCUUCAGCUGGGUUUUCUUCUUUCCGUUUCCGAUCGGAAAAACGAAAUUGCAGGCGAUUUUGAUGUGCAGGGUUAUAUCUGAUUGAAAAUCAACAUUCGAUGCAUUAAGCAGUCGGAAGACAGGUCCUUGUCUUCUGUUCCGUUCGCACGUCUAUUAGCUAAAUAUUAGUAGACUUCUUUAGGUCUGUGGUUUUGCAUCCUCUGCUGAGGAGUUUCAGCCUAACGCAUGGCUUUGCUUGAUGUCACAAGGUCAUGCCUUGACUCCAUUAACCAGAUAUCAGAUCACAUUGAGGGCUCAAUACUUUAUCUCGAUGCUGGGUGUGUGGAGAGUUUCCAAACUCUUGGGGGAUUCCCGUUAUUACUGGACCAUGGUGUCCAUGUUGUCUGUAGCUUGGAAAAUCUGACUUCUCUUGAUGCUGUGGUUGAUUGGAACCCAGCUUCUGCAAAGAAACUUGUGGUGAUUACAUCCCGUCUUCUAAGUGAUGCACAUCGUUAUAUUUUACGCUGCCUGACUGCGCAUCAAGGUGUUCAUCAUUGUACCAUAUUUACAUCUAUCUCAGAGAUUGCUCACUCUGCAUACCCUGAUUCACCUCUGGGACCAGAUGCAUACCAUGAGUAUGAAUCUUUACUUAUCCAAGAUUAUGAGGAGCUUGUUAAAAAAGGUGAAAAAAAAGCUGUACAGUCAGAAGACAGGAACUUGGAAAAGUAUAUAUCCUCGGAAGAUGAAGGAUGGUCACGACUCACUUCUAGUGAAGAGGACAUCACUCACCUGGAAGCUAGUUCAAGUGGAAGAGAUUCGUAUGAAGAUAUUCUGACGAGUCACCGAGAAGAUGUAGGGCAAAAGCUCGUUGUUUCCGUGCAUCACUUCCCCAUGAUUUUGUGUCCAUUUUCACCAAGAGUUUUUGUGUUGCCUUCAGAGGGAUUAAUUGCUGAAGCAUGCUUGUCAGCAGAAAGUGAGAAUUCCCUUAGUCCUGGUUUGCCUCCCUUAUACACUGGGUUGCCUCCCUUAUACACUGGGUUGCCUCCUGAUGGUGAUGACGUUCCUCCUGGGGCAACUCUUACUGCACAUUUUCUUUACCAUUUUGCUGCCAAGAUGGACUUGAAGAUGGAAAUAUUUUCCAUUGGUGAUCUGUCAAAAACUGUUGGAAAGAUUUUGACAGAUAUGUCUAGUCUUUAUGAUGUAGGCCGACGCAAGAAAUCAGCUGGUCUUUUACUAGUCGACCGCACUCUUGAUCUUCUUACUCCAUGUUGUCAUGGCGACUCGCUUGUAGAUCGCAUGUUUUUGUCACUGCCUCGUAGAAAAAGAAUGGCACCCUUUACCCAUGUAAAAGGUCCAGAAACUUCCCUCAAACAUGGUCCACCUAUCUGUAGACGAGCGCCUCUUGAUGUUCGGAUACCAUUAGCAGAAAUUCUUACUGAAGAUGGAAGUAAAGCUGAUAAAUUUCGGCUUGGAGAGAGAAUUGAAGUUUUCCUGUCUGGAUGGAAUUCUGGAAACUCAACUUCCCAAAAUAUUGACAAGAGUGGUGAAAGCAACAGAGAUCAAAAUGGUCAAUCACUAUUUUAUGACCCCGAGAUACUUAGUGGCUGUUUUGUCUCUUCCGAGAAUUUUCGAGGAACUCCAUACUUGGAAGCAAUACUAGAUAGGAAAACAAAAGAUGGAGCUGUGCUGAUAAAGAAGUGGCUGCAAGAAACUAUGCGUAAGGAAAGCGUAGUUGUGAAUGGGAAAAUUCGACCUGGGGUUCCUUCCAAAUUGGAGUUGGAAUCUAUUAUCAAGGCACUGGCUAAAAGCCAGAGUUGUUUGUUGAAAAAUAGAGGAAUUCUUCAGCUAGCUGCUGCUGCAACAGUUGCACUCGAGGAAUUAAACAGCACUCGAUGGGACGCCUUUCUUAGUGCAGAAAAAACAUUGCGUGCAAGUGCUGAAGACACUACCCAGGGUCUGGCUGCACAAAUUGUUGAUCUUAUAAACAAAAGUGUCUUGGUCGGUAAAUUAGAAUCUUCAAAGGGUGUCCUUUCAUUUCAAGAUUCUUUGCUCCUUACAAUUACUGGUUAUAUAUUGGCUGGUGAUAAUUUCCCAACAUCUGGGCCCGAUGGUCCGUUCUCUUGGCAAGAGGAGCAUUUCAUGAAAGAAGCUAUUAUAGAUGCUAUUUUAGAAAAUCCAGUGGAUGAAAGGUUGAAGUUUCUCCAUGGUUUAAUAGAAGAGCUUGAGACGAACCGAGAAAGGAUCAGACUGAAGGGAUCAAAAGAGACGUCAUCGAGCAAAUUAAAAGAGGACGACUUUGACGAUCAGUGGGAGAGCUGGGGUGAUGAAGAUGCUGAUAUUAACACUAAUAAUGAGGAAGUAUAUGAUGACAUGCAGCUGAAGUUGGAGUUGCGGGAUCGGGUGGAUAGUCUUUUCAAGACACUUCACAAGUUGUCCAGUUCAAAGACGAGGAAUUUACUGUUGAAGGAGACGUUAAAUUCGGAAAAUAUGCUUCAUGGUGAUCAGUAUGCAAAUAAAGGAGUACUUUACAAGCUUCUGGCUAGAAUCUUAAACAAGCAUGAUUUACCCAGUUUAGAAUAUCAUUCCUCCACUAUGGGGCGACUUUUCAAAAGCGGGUUUGGAAGAUUUGGUCUUGGACAAGCAAAACCUAGCCUUGCUGACCAAAAUGUCAUUCUAGUUUUUGUUCUGGGAGGCAUCAAUGGCCUUGAGGUUCGUGAAGCUCAGGAGGCAUUGUCUGAGAAUGGAAGACCAGAUAUAGAACUGAUUAUUGGUGGAACAACCUUCCUCACUCCUGAUGCCAUGUUUGAUCUAUUGCUUGGGGAUUCAGCCUACGUUUGAUCCCUUUUGAAUUCGACUUUUCCAACCUUCCUGUUUAAUCCUUGUGUUAAUCAUACUCUUUUUUACUAAACAUUGUACACAUGAUUCUCACCCAGCAUUACUUUUUAUCCUUUGAACCAAUUAAUUAGAAUUUAUCAUCUCAUUUGAGUCUGUUGUUGAAACCAAUGUGUUGUAUAGUUUUUUUUAGCACGGGAGUGGAGAUCUAAACUCAUGACUUUUUAGUCAAAAACAGGUAUCUUAAUCGGUUGAGUUAUGAUAUUUUUUUAGCA